UCUCCUCUGUCUCGCGUCAGGAGCGGCAGUCCUCGGCCUGUUUCCAGGGACUGCCUAGCCCCGUGGCCCCGAGGCUUGCCGGCCGGGAUCCUGAGCAGAGGCGAGCAGGCGGGAGGCCAGCAGGUCCCAGGUGCUGAGUGUUGCGGCGGCGGCGAGAAUCCGGAGGAGGAGGAGACGACAAGGAUAGGCCCAGGAGAAAUGGAGUCCAAAAAGGAACAAGCAGUAAAAAAUCUCAACGCUGAAAAUGCCGACAAGGAAAAUGAUGCAAAAGAUGAAAAGGAUCGAGAUGCUGAUAAAAGGGAGCCCUUGGCUCUCCCUUUUGAAGCUGGCGAGUACCUGGCGCCUAGAGGAAGCCGUAGACGUUUUCUUGCUAGGCAGCCCCAUGUGCACUAUAGAUCAGCCAUGGUGCAUAGGUUUGGGGGGCAGCAGGCAAGAAUGGGAGAAGAAAAUGUCGAACGCAUUGGGGAGGAGAUGAGGCACCUGAUGCAGAAGCUGAGGGAAAAGCAGUUGAGUCAUAGUCUGCGCGCUGUUAGCACUGACCCCCCUCACCGUGACCAUCAUGAUGAAUUCUGCCUUAUGCCCUGAAACCUGACGGCGCCCCCUGCUUUGCAAACUUACGUAUUUGUGUCAGCACUAUGUAUUGUAAACCUUUUGAAGUUACAUAUUUCUUGUGGGUCUUCUCAUACCAACUUCUAAGUGAAUAUUGUGUUUUUGACCCAGUUUGUAAGUUUCUGUCAGCAGGGGAGUUUUUCCUAUUGCAUGGAAAGAUGUGCACUCAAUAAAGCAAUUUA